AUGAACGAGCAGGGGCUCGGUGGCUUCGGCGGGGGCCGCGGGGCCGUGCAGCUGGGCCACGGGCGGGAGGCGAUGGCGCUCCUGCAGCACCACCAGCGGCGGCGGCAGCUGGAGGAGGAGGUGCGGCGCCAGAUGUUCGCCGGGGUGGCGGCGUUCCCGGCGGCGCUGGGCCACGGCCAGCAGGUGGACUACGGGGAGGACGCCGGCGGGCUCGGGGACAGCGACGCGGGCGGGUCGGAGCCCGAGCCGCCGCCGGAGCGGACGCGCGGUGGUGGGGGGUCCGGCAGCAAGCGGAGCCGCGCUGCCGAGGUGCACAACCUCUCCGAGAAGAGGAGGAGGAGCAAUAUCAACGAGAAGAUGAAGGCGCUGCAGAGCCUGAUACCCAAUUCCAACAAGACCGACAAGGCAUCCAUGCUUGACGAGGCCAUUGAGUAUCUGAAGCAACUGCAGCUCCAAGUUCAGAUGCUGUCUAUGAGAAAUGGUGUUUACUUGAACCCUCCAUAUUUGUCUGGCGCAAUUGAGCCUGCACAAGCAUCACAAAUGUUUGCUGCAUUUGGCGGGGGCAACAUCACAGCGUCAAGCUCUGGGGCAGUGAUGCCACCUGUAAACCAAAGUUCAGGAGUUCAUCAGCCAUUUGACCCAUUAAAUCCUCCACGAAACCAACCACUGUCAUUUGUAUUACCAAAUGUAGACAAAACCAUUCAAGAAGCUCCAUUUCACUUGGAAUCAUCGCAGUCUCACCUUCGAACAUUUCGAAUGCCGGAAUCUUCUGAGAUGAUGCUUCUGGGCGAGGUAGUGGCAAAGCAUCAGGUAACUUCAACUCAAGAAAGAGUUAGUCUGCCAGGAAUUGAUAUGAACCCCAUUAGGCAAGAAUCAUCCAUUGUAAACGCUGAUCAUUUCGAUGGUUGCUCACAUAGCAAAGAGUGA